AUGGCGGCGUGGUCUGUGGGCGGACGAAGAGGCGAAAGGAGAGCCGAUGCUUUCAAAGAGAACUACAACUCCCUGCAGGCAGGCCGGGGGAAAAUGAGUCAACUUCCGGCUCUAGGGGAUGAGCUCAUCACCAUGAGGCUGCAGAAGUUGGAACAGCAGCGGCGGCUGUUUGAGAAGCAGCAGCGAAGGAAGCGCCAAGAGCCCCUCAUGGUUCAGGCCAAUUCUGACACUUCCCUGCGGCACAGGCGACUGCAGAGGCGAGAGGAACGCCUCUCGGGUGGCUGCGGCCUCGGGAAACCUUUCCUCCAGGAGAACGUGCCCGAGACACAUGUGCGCUCUGGUGCCCGCAGUGACCUGAGCACCGUGAGCUGCAGUGGAGAUGGCAGCCACGAGCGUGGUCCCAUGGCGUCGCCGACAGAAACAGAGAGUUCCGAUCCGGAGCUGGAGGAAGUCUCCGUGGAGGAUGUUCCUGUCUCUCCCCCUCCUUGUAAAGAGCCUCCGGGAACUCGACGCAGAGGUUGGCCAGCCCGCCAAGGAUCUGGGACCAGUACAGAAGACGAGAGCGAAUCUCAGGAUGUUGGAGAUGAAUACGAGGCACCCAGUCCAGAACCAAAUCCUAGAGUGGUUGGUUACGGGGGAUGUGGAGACUUGGCCUCCAGCAAGGGCGAAGACCUGGAAGAGGAGAAAGGGGAGUCGGAGUCUACAGUGAGGAACUUCGCAGGAGCGGCCGACGAGGACGCGUCCGAGGCCCCAGGAAGCAAGGGCGACGUGGGCAGCAGCGAUGUGGGGAGCUCGCCCCGCUCGCCUCCCUGCGCCCCAGGCCCUCGGCUGGGCGAGGACAUAGAAGCGUAUGUGCUGCGGCCAGCGCUGCGUGGCCGCACGGUGCAGUGUCGCAUCAGCCGCGACAAGCGUGGCGUAGACAAGGGCAUGUUCCCUCUCUACUAUCUCCACCUGGAGGCGGCGGACGGCUGGAAGCACUUCCUUCUGGCUGGGCGCAAAAGAAAAAGGAGCAAAACCUCUAAUUACCUCAUCUCCCUUGACCCCACAGACCUGUCUCGGGAUGGGGCCAACUUUGUGGGCAAAGUCAGAUCUAAUGUCUUGGGUACCAAGUUCACUAUCUUCGACAAUGGGGUGAAUCCCGAAAGGAAGAAUUUCGUCUCGAAAACUGCUCGGAUCAGGGAGGAGCUGGGGGCUGUGUGUUAUGAGACCAACGUCUUGGGAUUCCGAGGGCCCCGGAAAAUGACUGUGAUCAUUCCAGGAAUCGACGCCCAGAACCAGAGAAUCAGCGUCCAGCCACAAAAUGAACAGGAGUCGUUACUGAGUCGCCUCCAACGGGGCGCCAGGCAGGGGCUAGUCAUGCUGCAAAACAAGGCUCCAUCGUGGAGCGACGAGAGUGGCGCCUACGUGCUCGAUUUUCAUGGUCGAGUCACUCGGGCCUCGGUCAAAAACUUCCAGAUCGUGCAUCCGGAUGACCCGAACUACCUGGUCCUCCAGUUUGGCCGCGUGGACCCAGACACGUUCACCAUGGACUUCCGCUUCCCCCUUUGCCCGCUCCAAGCCUUCGCCAUCUGUUUGUCCAGUUUCGAUGGGAAGCUGGCAUGUGAGUAAUCCAAUGAGAUGUGAUACUU